GUACAGCUUACUAGUGGAGCGCAAUGGCUUUGUUCAAGCACAGUUGAUAUUUAUUUGGGCAGUGAAGAAAGUCGAAUUUCAUGUUCAUCAAGCUUACUGUAAGUUCUAUGACAAUUCCGCAAAACGCCUGCUAUCAAAACCAAGCACCUAGCAGCGAAAUGGCGGACCCAUGCCACCUGGAUCGAAUCCCAACAGAUUUACUCCGGGACGUCUUGCACAGAGCGGCUGUGCGUCUGGACUGCACGGAUGGUGGACUACGAGCUCUAGAUGAAAUGCGGACCUGCAAGAACUCCAGAGCCGAGUGGGCGCAAGUCCGGGAGUUGUGCCGCUUGCAAGCUGUCUCCAAGCGUUUCCACCAAGUCGCGUCCACCGUCAAGAACCUGCACUGCAGGAUCAACCCUCAGGCUGCCAGCAGAAUGUUAUCGGGGCUGGCCACCUUUCUGUCCAAAGCAAGGUGCGCUGAGGGCCUUGCUCUUACUUUUGGGCCCAAGAGUACUGAUCCUGAGGAUGAUUGGGAUGAUAACGGUGUCAGGCACCCUGAAACGCAGUUCAGCCUUUGCAGAACCCUGGCCGAGUCCCAGUGCUUCCAGGAGCUCUUCAUCGAAGCUCCCUGUCUUCAACAAUUCGCGGUGGUGAGAGAGCGUUUUAAUCGAUCAGAGGUGCUUGGACAGGAGAUGGCGGCUGACGUGGAAUUAGCAACCAACCGGUUGCUCGAGGCGCUCUCAGCAAACUGCCCGCGCUUGAGCGCGCUUGCUUUAGGAUGCAGAAUCAAGCUGGAGAAUGAAGGUACUGGAUGCCAGCAGGCUCCUUAAGGCUCUUCGGGCUCUAGAGUGCUUUCCGGUGCUAGAGUGCGUCCGGCUGAAGGACACGGGAACCUUCACGCCCCGCGCUGCACAAGCUCUGAUGUCGCUUCAAAGGAAGCGUCCCGCACUUGAGAUUGUGUUCGAGAUAGUUUAAGAACAGAGGCUUUGAAUCGUACAUGGAGUUUGGGAGGAAGUUAAGCGAUUGAAAGAGACAGGGUAUGAUUCCAAGUAUCUAUAAGCUAGACCGGGUACACAUACAUACGCUUGAUAGAACACCUGGGUUUUGCACCUAUGAGAAUCUUUCUUGACAGGGUCUCUCAGCUUUAUCUCAAUUUUCGCCCGUUUAAAGGAAAGCGUUUUGAUCUGGAAAUUACGCUUUUCUUAAAGCUUUUACCAUGCA